CAAGCGUGCUAGUCGGUGCUCGACGCCGUGACAACUGUAGGCCGCCAUAUUCCCGUGUCUUUCGGAACUAUUGUGUGUCGUGUCAGUUGCGAGCAGUUGCGAGGCCCAAGUGAUACGGUUUUCCUCGCAGAUGCGCGUCAAAUAGACCGAGUCCCACCAUGGAGGAGACCAAGAUCAUCUACCACAUCGACGACGAGGAGACGCCCUACCUCGUCAAGCUCAACAUCUCCCCGGAGAGAGUGACCCUCGCCGACUUCAAGAACGUCCUCAAUCGGCCCAACUACAAGUACUUCUUCAAAUCUAUGGACGAUGACUUCGGAGUCGUCAAAGAAGAAAUCGUCGACGACGACGCCCAUCUUCCAUGUUUCAAUGGUCGAGUGGUUUCCUGGUUGGUCUCGGCGGAAGGUAGCAACGUGUCGGAUGGUGCUUCACAGUGUACAGACUCGGUGGCUCACAGCGAAGCAAAGCACGAUCGCAUAGAUCACGUAACCCCGGGUCAUACGACUCGUGGUCUUCCACCGCCCUCGCACGACGACACCCUAACGGAAACCGAAAGUAUCAUAAGUAGUCGACAAAGUCAUCAUUUGCACAAAACCUCUAGGCACCAUGCGGACAAAUACGAGAGAUAUAACAAAUAUAAUGGACUUCGCAUCAAUGGCCACUCGAAGCAUCGCUCCGGUCAUGGCUACGAAACUGCCUCAAUUUUGAGCUCCGACUUGGAGACAACUACGUUUCUAGAGUCCGACGACGAUGCGAGUAGCCGAAUCACAUCCACUACGGGAAGACACACUAACAUGAGUAGCACGGUUGACAGAGCCACCAUGGAUCGUCGGAGACCCCAACGGAGGCGCCGCCACAGACUGCCACCGAUGUCGCGGACCUCUUCGUUCAGCAGUAUUACGGACAGCACGAUGUCUCUUAACAUUAUUACCGUCUCCUUGAACAUGGACACCGUCAAUUUCCUCGGCAUCAGCAUCGUCGGGCAGAGCAAUAAAGGAGGAGACGGAGGGAUAUACGUUGGCUCGAUAAUGAAAGGGGGAGCGGUCGCCCUGGACGGUCGAAUAGAGCCCGGCGACAUGAUCCUCCAGGUGAACGACAUCAACUUCGAGAACAUGUCGAACGACGAGGCCGUCCGGGUGCUGCGCGAGGUCGUCCAGAAACCGGGGCCGAUCAAGCUGGUGGUGGCCAAGUGCUGGGACCCGAACCCGAAGGGCUACUUCACGAUCCCGCGGACCGAGCCGGUGCGCCCGAUCGACCCGGGGGCCUGGGUGGCGCACACCGCCGCGAUCCGAGGUGAGGGCUUCCCUCCCCGCCCCCCGAGCGCCACGACCCUGACCUCGACGUCCAGCAGCCUGGCCAGUACGCUUCCGGACACAGAGCGUCCCCUGGAGGAGCUGCACCUGACGAUCAACACGGACAUGCCGACGAUAGUGCGCGCGAUGGCGAGGCCCGAUUCUGGCUUGGAGAUCCGCGACCGGAUGUGGCUCAAGAUCACGAUCCCGAAUGCCUUCAUCGGCGCGGACGUCGUCGACUGGCUCAACGCCCACGUGGAGGGCUUCAUCGACAGGCGCGACGCCAGGAAGUACGCCUCGCUGAUGCUCAAGGCCGGCUUCAUCAGGCACACCGUCAACAAGAUCACCUUCUCGGAGCAGUGCUACUACGUGUUCGGCGACCUCUGCUCGGCGAUGAGCGGCAUGAAGCUCGACUGCGACACGGUGGGCCCCCUGCCGCCGCCCAGCGCCUGGGACGUGCCCUACUCGGGGACGUACGGGCCGCACGCCGCCACCGGCUACAGUCCGAUGCCCUUCAACUUCACCAACGAGCCCACGGUCUACGGGUACCACCGGGACGAGAGUGUACAUAGCGGAUCAGGUGGCAGUAGCGCGGGCAGCGAGAACAUCUGCAAGGAGCCGAUCCACGACUUGAAGUCCUGCUCGUCGGCCUCGGAGUCCGAGCUGCACGUGCCCUCGGUGCCGAGCAUGCCCGGCAAGACCGGCGGGAACGGGAACGGGUCCAACGGGAAGAGGUCGAACGGCAGCCGGAGCCGCUCCAGCGGCUCCGAACACUCGGUCCAGACCGGCACCGGAUCGGGGAACCAGCAGAACCAGCAAGAUAUAUCCGGUAGUAGACAGUCGUUUCGCAUCGCGAUGGGCAACCCCUGCGAGUUUUUUGUCGAUGUUAUGUAGAUGCCGGCCUUGUAAAUAGUCGAGCUCGAGAGUGGAACCCGACUGGACGCCGACUCUCUUUUCCUCACGUUUCCUAUAUUUUCCUCUCGUCUCGCGGAAAGGGAAAAUCGAGACUUUAGCGGGAGAUGACGCGGGUAGAAGGUAAACGAGGGGACGGGGGCUGCCGGGGUUUUUGUAUCGGGAAAUUUCUCGCGGGCCAACGUUAGGUCUACGGAUCGCAUCAUCGCAUCUUUGUACCUAGAUCCUCGGUCGUCGUUGAGGUCACUUCCGCAGUGCUUGGUACUCUUGCAUGAACCGUACAAGUGUAACGUAGAAGCUUGAUUUUAAGUACAGGCUGAGAAUUUUGAGAUCGCGGGAAGUCUGCUCCCUCCCGAAAGGAGACUCGAAGGAGGGCUAGCUAGGUUUCCCCUUUGGACGCCGCUGCGUCCAUCGUUUCCGACAGCCUCUGUCAGAGUACUUAAUUGCGGUAAAUGCAUGCACCGCCGUAGAGAAUCCCUGUACGCACCUGAACCCUAGCGAGCACUCCACCCUUCGUGGUUUUUAUACAUCGGACGUCGUUAUCGGAAGGGUUACCACUCCAGAGCUUGCUAUGCGCGUUGUAUCGUAGGACCUAAUUAAGGCACGUUAAUGUUAAUCCGUUGGAAAACGCGGCGUAGGGAACGAGCACGCUCACCUCGUGCGGAUGGAUUAGAAGCAUGCGAGUGUGAUAACACAGCGUAUCGGUUAGUCGUCCCCGGUCGGUCCACGCCAAGUCCCUUCACUGCAUGAACGCUCACGAUUCUCCUCCCUCCCCGGUAGAAUAAAACUAUCACAAUUAAUUCGUUGUCAUUGGUUGCAUUUUAGGGUUAUCUACGACAAUGGGGCAGCUAUUUCUUUAAAAAAAAACUCUCAACGGAAUAUUAUUUCGAAGUAUUAUACAGUCUAUCGGUCGCAUACCAUCGCAAGAAAGAGAUAUACUUUUAUUUAUUUAAUUUAGAGAUACUGUGCGGCAUACGAGACAUAAGUUAAAUCGAUGCUUCAUAUACGAAUUCACGUAAUGGCGGUGCAGCCUUUAUACAAAAUAUUUAAUUGUAACAUUUCUACAAUUUAGAAUGGUCGCCGUAUGUAAGUUGUAAUACGACGUAUUUACUGGUUCUUUGCAAUUACGUUAGAUACGAUAUGCGUUAAAUCAUAUGUACAUAAUAAUAACAAACGUAUUGCGCUCAUACUGGGAUGUGCCAUCUUUGUGUAUUUCGACAAACGUCAAAUGCAGAUAAUUUCAAUACUGAGUCCUA